AUGACGAGAUGCAACUUCGGUGGCUGCCGCGUAGAGGAAUACUCUUCGUUCUGGCGAUGGAUUGUCGACUUUCUCACUUUGUAUGUCUUUGGCUGCUAUGAGUUGCUAAGGCAACUAAUUUCAUCGUCUUAUCCGCAUGCGCGUCAUUGCGAACCCGCGCCCCCAUCGGGCUUUGGAGGGACAAACUCGCUGAUCCUAUUGACUGGAUGUUCCACUGGUAUUGGAUAUGAGCUUCUCAAGCAACUCCUAGCCGCAGAGCUAGAUGUGGUUGCCAUCACCCAUAACCAAGACGCGGGACUACCCAGAAAAUGCAAGCAAGUUGUGGUCGAUUUUGGGUCGACGUCGUCUACAGAAAAUGGUUGCAUCACCCUCUCAGGAAUUGUUGAAGAGCUAGGUGCCAAGAGGCCUGUCAUUCUGGUUCAUUGCGCAGCUGUCCUUCACCCGAAAACAAAUGCCAACUACUCUGCUUCUACCAUUGUAACCAGAACGCUUACUAUCAAUCUCCUAAUGCCCAUGCUUUUCGUCAAACGGCUCAGUGAGUUAUUAAGCGGCAUCGUUUGGAUUGGGUCCUCGACUCAGUACAUUGCUCCAAAUUUGUUUGAUUCGCAGUGCCCCAUGCACGUCGCCAAGACGCCUUUUUCCGCAUACCCCUUGUCGAAGUUACUCGCCUUCGUGUUCGCGGAGCGCUGGUCUAUCAUCAAUUCCAAACCAGUUGUUGUAAUACACCCUGGCGUUGUUGCAACUGGCUUGUACAGAGACGAACGGGGGCUCGUGGGGAAGAUCCUUCGACGUAUGAUGCCGUUUUUUGCAUGGACUCCGGCAUUUUCGGCAAGAAGAAUUUUACAGCUCGUCAGUUACGGAGGGUUUUUUCAUCAUUUGGAGAAACGUUUCGAUCCCUCAGGCGCGCCCCAAGGUUCCAUUCCUGUUUAUUGGGAUUCUGUGACCAUGGGACCAGGAUUGCUACCCCUUCAGAUUCUUGACCAGGGCCAGCGAAACAAAAUUGCCGAAGCGCUUAGUCACAUCACUGAAAGGCGUAUGGCAUCGGAAAGGAGUUCAGCCAGUUCUAUGGAUUAG